CGCAUUUUAACUGUAUAUGCAUUUUGUUAUAAAAGAAAAUUCACAUGAAAAUGUUAAAAAUAAAAACUUUGUCGAGGAUAAAGAUAUUUUUUUGUAUUAAUAGAUAAAAUAGAAAAUUUCAUUCUAUAAUCGAGUAGUAAUAUUUUCUGAUGACGUGUUUUGUAUAACUUUAGUCAGAGAAAACAAUUCAUUGGAAAAGAAAUAUCUGCGCAACCGGCAAACAUUGGUUGUGGCUACAUUCACCUAAAUUCUAAAUCAGAAUUAUAAUUCAAUAUAAUUUACUGAUAUUCAUUUCUGAAUAGUGAUUAACAAUUAACAAUUAACAAUUUUAUGUCAGAAAUAUAAAAAGAAACAAUUCAACUAUGUCUGGAGAUUCAAAAAGUUUCGCAUUUCAAGAAAAUGUUGAUUGGAUGGAUGAUUUACCAUUGGGAGGGGAUUUGGAAAAAUAUCGAAAUACUGCCACUUUUAAUUGGAAACAACUUCGUAUGAUUUUGGAAGAUCCGGAUAGAAUUCGAUUAAAGACAAAAUUAUGGAAAGCAAUGGAAUCUGAUCCAGAGUUUCAUCCAUAUCAUGGUAUAACAUUGAGUGCCGAUGAGCAGAAACGACGAUCCGCUAUUCAAUUAGCUCGAUUACAUCAUCAGAAGCUGUUACCAAAAAAUAUUGACCAAAUGAGUUAUGGAACGAAGACAGGUUAUCUGAUGACGUUGAAUGAAGCAACUGCAAUGUUUGACCCUUCAUUAUCGGUUAAAAUAGCAAUUGGAGUCUACCUCUUUGGCAAUACGAUAUUAAGUUUGGGAACUGAACGACAUUUACCAAUAUUUGACGCAAUUUGGAAUAAACAGCUGUUAGGAUGCUACGCAUUAACGGAAGUGGGUCAUGGAAGUAAUACAAAAAUGAUGAGAACUACCGCGACUUAUGAUCCAAAGACACAAGAGUUUAUCCUCCACACACCUGAUUUUCAGGCUGCCAAAUGUUGGGUUGGUAACUUAGGAAAGACGGCAACAAUCGCAAUUGUAUUUGCACAGCUCAUAUCUCUCGAAGUCUGUCAUGGUCUUCAUGCCUUUAUAGUACCUGUUAGAAAUCCAAAAACUUAUUUAGCUUAUCCGGGAAUUAUAGUAGGAGACAUUGGUGAAAAAAUUGGAUUAAAUGGAAUCGAUAAUGGAUUUAUUAUGUUUAACAAUUAUAGAAUACCAAAGGACAAUCUGUUGAACAGAACGGGAGACGUAACUCCGGAAGGAGAGUACGAAAGCUCCUUUUCUGAUCCACAAAGAAUUCUUGGCGCUGUUUUAGAAAAUUUAUCCGCUGGUCGAAUGGGUAUUUGUCAAGAAUCAACCAACAGAAUUGGCUCUGCUGUUGUUAUUGCCAUUAGAUACGCAGCAGUUCGAAAACAAUUUGCCUCCUCCUUAAUAAUGGAAGAAGAAAUCGAAACACCAAUAAUUGAAUACGAACUUCAUCAAUGGAGAUUGUUCCCGUAUUUAGCCGCCGCCUGUGUCUUUAGAAUUUUUAUGUCUGAAUUUACAAAAGUGUACCUGGAGAGUGUAGAAAAAUCGAUGAGAGGUGACGAUAUACCCAAUCUUAGUCAAAUUGUUGCUGAAAUUCAUUCAAUCGUCUCGGCGAUCAAACCGCUGAUAACAUGGACGUGUAGGGACGGUAUUCGCGAAUGCAGAGAAGCUUGUGGUGGUCACGGUUAUCACAAAACUGCCAAUUUAGGUGAUAUGGCGGCAAAUCACGAGCCAACUGUAACUUAUGAAGGCGAUAAUAAUGUUCUCGUUCAACAAACAAGUAAUUGGAUUCUUAGACAGUGGACAAAUUUGCAAAAUGGUACAGCAACUGAAAGUCCCCUAGCUUCUGUUCCAUUUCUUCUGAAAGGUUCAGAUAUUCUUAAAAAUAAAUUCACACCAAAUGGAAAGAAAGAUCUUAUGUCGUUGGACUUUGUUAGGGAUGCUUACGAAUGGUUAAUCACCUGGUUAGUUAACGAAACACAACGAAAAUUUGACGAGGGAAUCGCACAAGGAUUAGACAGUUUCACCGCUAGAAGCAGAUCCCAAGUUUACAGGGCUGCAAAUUUAUCCAAAGCUUAUGGCGAGAUGAUUGUGAUAAGGUAUUGUGUAGUUAGAAUAGAUAAUUUACUGCCGCAAGAUGCUAAAAUGAAAAGUUUAAGAAUCGUUUUGGAAAAAUUGAUUCUGCUUUAUUCACUGACCUGCCUUGAAAAACAUUUGGCCAGUUUCUAUCAAGGUGGAUAUUGUUCCGGGACACAAAUGGCAGAUCUCUUAAAACAAAGUAUAUUAAGUUUACUCGCACAAUUAAAAUCUGAAGCUGUUGCAAUUGCCGAUGCUCUAGCACCGCCAGACUUCAUUCUUAAUUCGGUCUUAGGCACAUCUGAUGGAAAGAUGUACGAACAUUUAGAAGAAGCCUUUAGAUGCUAUCCUGGAGGAAUGGAAAGAGCUUCCUGGUGGACUGAAUUAAUAUCAGCAUCGAAAAAUCCUCUUCAAAGUCUAGUGUCAAAACUUUGACAUAAUCAACCCAAUUUUAGAAGUUUAUGAAAAAUUAUUCAAAAUGUUUAAACUUCAAAGUAUAAAGAAUAGUAUUGUUAUCAAGUGAUAGUUACAGAUUUGAAGCCUUUUUCAAAGAUUUAUUUAUAUUUUUACACAUUGCAUUUAGUGAAUGUUAUAAUUAUAAAUCCAGUAUUUUCGCACAUUUUAAGAAUUUUUAAGUAUAACUGAAAAUCUUCAGUAUUCUGAAUAAAGUUUUAAUAUUACGCACUAGUAUUAAAAAUAUAUCAGGGAAGAGCAUUUUUAAAAUAUCUUAACACACCUUUGAUUUUAUCCACUUUGAUAUAUCGUUUUAAUGAAAAACCUAUUAAAAAUGUUAAAUAUUUUUUAAAUUGAGUUAUAUGGAAAUAUGCACAAGAAUAUUAUUAUUCAAUAAUAAUAUUAAUUACUAAAUUUAAAUUAAUUAUUAUAUAUGGUACCAAGUACAUUUUAAAUAAAGUAAUUUUUAAACUUUCUGAAAUUGAAGGUGCGUUUAAGUUCGAUAAAAAAUAUUAUUAAUUCUUUCUACUUGUAAUUAAGCUUCAAGUUUUAUUAUUAACAUCGUGAUAAUUAAUGAAUCUACACUUAGUUUUAAAUUGACUUUAUGAAUAUUUUUUUAUACUCACUAACAUUUCUGAUGAUUUAUUUUAUUUAAAGUCCGAGACAGUAUUUUUUUAAUACUAUAAAACACUUUAGUGAAAGCUGAGACAGAAGGGAAUCGCACAAAUGUAUAGUACAAUUGUAAAGCCAGUUACAUUGAUAAAUCUUUUACAUUGUUAAGAGAAUUUUUUUACAAUAAAUUGUCUUGAAUUAAA